AUGAGUUCCCAUGAGCAGAAGCAGCCCUGAAUCCCACUUCCCCAGCCUCAGCAGCAGCAGGUGAAACAUCCCUGCCAGCCUCCUCCCCAGGAACCAUGCAUCCCCCAAACCAAGGAGCCAUGCCACACCAAAGUGCCAGGGCCCUGCCACCCCAAGAUUUCUGACCCAUGCCAACACAAGGUUCCAGAGCCCUGUCACCCCAAGUUUCCAGAGCCCCGAUCCUCAACAGUCACUCCAGCACCAACUCAACAGAAAACUCAGCAGAAGUGA